GAUGACGCGCGAACGCGCGCCGACGACGGCGACGCUGGAGGCGCUGCGACACCUCGUGCGCGCGGCGAAGGAAGACAGCGCGAUCCUGGACGCGCCGGCGCUCGAAUUCUUCCGACGAUGGCUCGAGGAGGAUUUGGGGGCGACGAUUCCGGCGCCGCGGACGACGACGACGACGGGGACGGGGACGGACGCGAUCGAGAUCGAGGACGACGAGGCGAUGGCGGCCGAGAGCGAUGAUCUGAGCGCGAUCGCGAUGGGGGCGGAGACGGCGCCGGAGACGCUCGGGGAGGCGGAGGAGGCGAAGGCGAGCGAGGCGAAGCGACUGGCGAGCGAGGCGUUCGCGCGCGAGGCGUGGGAGGAGGCGAUCGAGAGGUACACGGAGGCGCUGAUGAUCGCGCCGUCGGCGCUGACGUACGCGAAACGGGCGGAAUGUUUCAUCAAGUUGCGAAAGCCGCUGUCGGCGAUUCGAGACGGGACGGCGGCGUUGAAGUUGAAUCCGGAUUCGGCCAAGGCGUUGAAGGUUCGAGGCGCGGCGCACAGGUACUUGGGACACUGGAACGAGGCCAACGCGGAUCUGAGCGCGGGAUUGUCUCAGGACUUCGACGAGACGUACGGGGAGAUGCAUAAAAAAGUCUUGAGCGUCGUGCACGAGCUUCACGUGCGCGAGGGCAAGGCGCGCGCCGCGAAGGAGGCCAAGGAAAGAGAAGAGCUCGAAAAACGCCGAGCCGCCGCGGAGGCGGCGCGCAAAGAAGCCGCGGCGAAAGACGCCGGCGGGCCUGGGUUCGGCCAACCGGGCGCCGGAUUCCCGGGCGGCGCCGGCGACUUGCCGCCCGGCGUUUCGCCCGAGAUGGCGCAAAAGCUGAUGAGCGACCCCGAUCUCAUCGCCGCGAUGCAGAACCCCAAGGUCAUGCAAGCGCUUCAAACGAUGAUGAAGAACCCGAUGGCGGCGAUGCAGUACAUGAGCGACCCCGAAGUCGGACCGGUGUUGCAAAAAUUGAUGGCUUCGAUGGGCGGCGCGAUGCCGGGCGGCGCGCCCGGCGGCUUCCCGGGCGGCUUCCCGGGCGGCUUCCCGGGCGCCGGCGCCGCGCCCGGCGGCGCGGCGAACGACGUGGAUUAG